GCGAACCAACGACAGCGAUCCCGCCGCUGGUGGAAUCUUGCGCGGUCGUCCUCGUUCUAUUGGUCUUCGACCGGCCAUAAAUUGCAACUGUCCGCAGCUUCGCAGCCACGGCGAUCGAUCUGCUCUCCGACUCCGAGCUCCGAAUCCAUCUUCGUCCGUCGACCGACCGAAGCAGUCGUUUUGAAGCGAUGGCGAGGAAGAAGAUCCGGGAGUACGAUUCGAAGCGCCUCCUCAAGCAGCACCUCAAGCGGCUCGCCGCCAUCGAUCUCCAGCUCUGCUCCGCCCAGGUGACGCAAUCGACGGACUUCACGGAGUUGGUGAACCAGGAACCAUGGCUCUCGUCCAUGAAACUAGUCGUGAAGCCCGACAUGCUGUUCGGGAAGCGCGGCAAGAGUGGCUUGGUGUCUCUCAACUUGGAUCUGGCCGAGGUUGCAGAGUUUGUCAAGAAACGCUUUGGAGUGGAGGUUGAGAUGGGAGGAUGUAAGGCACCGAUCACUACAUUUAUAGUCGAGCCAUUUGUCCCUCAUGACCAAGAGUACUACCUCUCUAUCGUCUCCGAGAGGCUUGGCUGCUCCAUCAGCUUUUCAGAGUGCGGAGGCAUUGAAAUUGAGGACAACUGGGACAAGGUUAAGACCAUAUUUCUUCCUACUGAAAAGCCGAUGACAUCUGAGGCAUGUGCUCCACUGAUCGCAACUCUUCCUCUCGAGGUUAGAGGAAAAAUAGGAGACUUCAUAAGAGGUGUGUUUGCUGUGUUCCAAGACUUGGACUUCAGUUUUAUCGAAAUGAACCCAUUUACCUUCGUAAAUGGAGAACCAUAUCCAUUGGAUAUGCGAGGAGAACUGGAUGACACUGCUGCUUUUAAGAAUUUCAACAAGUGGGGUAACAUAGAAUUCCCACUCCCUUUUGGCAGAGUCUUGAGCUCCGCAGAAAGCUAUAUCCAUGAACUUGAUGAAAAGACUAGUGCCUCAUUAAAGUUCACCAUUUUAAAUCCCAAAGGACGCAUUUGGACCAUGGUGGCAGGUGGUGGUGCUAGUGUCAUAUAUGCUGAUACAGUUGGAGACCUGGGUUAUGCAUUGGAGCUUGGAAACUAUGCAGAGUACAGUGGUGCUCCAAACGAGGAGGAGGUCUUGCAGUAUGCUAGAGUUGUUCUUGAUUGUGCAACCGCCGACCCUGAUGGCCGCAAGAGAGCGCUUCUCAUUGGAGGGGGUAUAGCCAACUUUACUGAUGUUGCCACAACUUUUAAUAGUAUCAUCCGGGCUCUGAGAGAGAAGGAGGCCAAGCUAAAGGCUGCAAGGGUGCACAUUUAUGUUAGACGAGGUGGUCCAAAUUAUCAGACUGGUCUUGCAAAAAUGAGGUCUCUAGGUGAUGAAAUUGGGAUUCCUCUUGAGGUUUAUGGGCCAGAGGCUACAAUGACAGGGAUCUGCAAACAAGCUAUUGAUUGCAUCAUGUCUGCUGCAUGAACAUAGUCUUCCUUUAAUCUUUCUUCCGUCUCCCUUUUGUUCCCGAUCUCAUGAUGAUUUGGUGGUGCAUUGAGUGAAAGAUUGUACUUCAAAAUUUAGAGGUAUAAAGGGUUGUUAAUGCAAUGAUACUAUUACUGCUUUGCUGAA